AUUCACAGCCUCGUUGGAUAUCACACGAAUAGUGGAAAUAUCUCGCGAAAUAUUUUUCCCCCGCAACAAUUUCACUUUAAUUCCCAUUUUAGUGUGCAGUUUUAAUCCGGCAACGCAUGUGAGUGGUACAACAAUCAGUGGUUUCUAUUCUUAAAAAGAAAAAAAGCACCUCCUUUUAGUGGAAAAAUCAUGAGAAUUUUCAGUGAAAAAAUGAAAGUGAUUCACAGUCUAGUUUUAGUAGCAAUUGUAUUAAUUAAGUGCAAAAUAUCUGUGGCAUCUCAUCAAUAUCCAAAUGAACAUAAUUUGGAAAAUUUACAUCAACCAAAUGAGGAUUAUGAUCCAUCAAUUCAUGUGUCGUACGAUAAGAGUUUCGAACCAAUUAUCAUCUCCAAUGAGAGACUUUCUGAUGCACAACACCAAGCUUGGCGUCAGGUGGCAACAACACAUAAUCCCGAAGAGGAACAUCUAACAACAAGUCCUGGAGACGUUGAAGAGUUCCGGAAAAGACGAAGACGUCCGGGUAGAAGGAGAAAAAAGAGACCAAAUAACUUUUUGUACACAACAACAACAGAAAUUCCAGAAAUAAGAGAUUUUCCCAGACAUCCCUCACCAGAAACCAUCAUUGAUCCUGAGGAUAAUCAGGAAGACUUCCCGAGGGAAGAAAAUGCUACACCCGAAUUUGAUAGUGUUCGCAACAAAUCCUACCGCAAGCCAUACUCAGUUGCAAAGAAGGAGGAACAAUCCAGUGAUAGUGCAGCAGAUUUAAAGCACAUCUUAAAACAAGCUGGAGAAAGUUUAAGUCUGAGUGAAAUUCUUCAGCAGAAAAAUCUAUCGCUCUCGGACUUUCUGAACAGGAAACCAACAGCAUUGGCAAUUCUUGCUCAACCAACUCUGCCAGUACAGCAGCAAUUCCCACGUCGUCUUCCUCCUCAUGCAGAUCUGAAAAAUCGACGCAUUGCACCAUCACCACCAUCACCUAUCACAUCCGCCGACAGCCCAACCGACACCUCAAUGGAAACAAUGAUCACGGGUGAUGAUGAUGAGAAGGCAAACAAGAGGUAUCCAAUGUAUGUAUUAGCAAUGCCAAAACUCCACGAUGGUGGAUACAAUUUAACACGGGAAUCCACCAAGCCACAUCAAAUACCAACAAUUUCAACACUUCCCGAAGGACUCAAGCACAAUCGAUUGCCUACGCGUGAGGAGCGCAUUAAGCCCAUCAAAGAAGUGGUUUCAGGCAUACGACCUGAUUUUGCCAAUUCCAACAUUCGCAACAGCAAAUUCUCCACAAAAACCACACAAAGUCCUCCAGAAUCAUCCAGCACCAGCGCAACAUUAAGGCCUCAGAGAUGGAAGCCACCAGCUUACGAUGGGAAAGUAGUCUCAAAAUUCAAUGAGCGUCGAACAUCUACAGUACAUCCGGAAGUUAUUACUGAAGAAUCUUCCACGGAGAAUCACUUAAAUCACACUGAAGCACACUCAACAACACCAGCAACAACGGCCAAUUACAUCACACCGGGAAGGAAACAAAUUGCCAUGCGGGAUUAUCGCAAUAGGAUGAAUCUGAGACCAAAGUUGCGCAUUUCCGUCAAAACCACUCCCAGACCCACGACAGAGGAACCAUUGCGAGAAAUCCCAGAGGAAGAGAUUCAUACCACUGAGAUGAGUGAAAUUGUUACAACAGCAUUGCCAGAGACGGAAAUCAGUGGAAAGUUGCUGGUGGUUAACCAUACAGAGCCAGAAACACUCAAUAUCAUUGAGGAAAGUGUUCAAUCCGAGAAGAAAAAUAAAGAUGAAAAUGUAGAAGAAACACCAAGUGCUUCUCAAGAAGACUAUAUUCAAUCCAAUACAGCCCGAUCUGAUAGUAUGUUCGAAGCUGAUAUCAUCGAAAGAGUGAUUCAGAAUACACAGAGAGCCCUUGUUGGUUCUGCCCAGACACGGGACUCCAUCAAGAUGGACGUGACCGAGAGUAAUCCUUCACUGUUUGCCGACAUCUCAUCCGAUGCAAGUGUGGAUGAGAAAACAGAAUUGAUGGAGUUACUCGGUGAUCGCAGGAAUGGAGCACGUCUGGCCAAGAUUCUAGCCCAACGCAAUAUGACCAUCAAUGAAUUAAUUGAUCACAGAGAAAGAGGUUCAAGCCAAGUUCAUCUUGCUGAAAUCUUUCACAAUCGUACACUAGCACGCAAUCUUCACCAUCCGCGACUACGAACAGAAAAGAUGGAGAUUGUGACGGCCUUCGAGAAUUUUCCCCACUUCAGUUUUGCCAAUUUACGCAGUGUUAAGCCAGAUGAUAUCAAAACAGACUCCCAGGGAGCCAGUUACUUUGCCUCCAUCAUCAACGUGAAACCCACAGAUGACACCAAAACACCCAAAAUUAGCCCUCGAGGUACUGGUUACCCCACGAACUUCAACCCUUACGAUACAAAUUUCACCCCUGGGGAAAAAUUCGUAGCCCCAUCAUCCCGGGUGUCUCCGGCCAAUGAGAAUUUUGCCGAUGAUGGGGAUAUUAUUGAGAAAGAAAUUGCAAGGAUCAACAAUCAAUUGGACAUGGAGAUGGAACAACAGCAGACAGUCAACAGAAGGAAUAUUGCACACACCUAUCUCACAUCUGGCGUACGAUCAGCUAUUGUUGCUAGUUCUUGCAUUGUGGCAGGUUCUGUUAUGGUCUUCAUCAUCAUCUUUGCCACUUGUCGCUGGCGUCAGAGGCGCAAUCGUAAGCUCCACUACUCAGACAGCUUUAGUGGAACUCGAGGGCGAUUGCCCAUCCUGAAGAGACAAACUUCCAGGCGCAUCUCAAAUGCGCCAGAAUACCCACACACCGAACCACGGCUCAGUAAACUCAACACAAUGGAUUCCACGUCAGGAGAUGUUCAUGACUAUCUCUACGAUGCUAUGAGAAAGGGUUAUCCCUAAAGGGACAAUGGGCUCAGUGAUAGGCUAAGUUCCUGCAUAUUUGUGGACUAAAAGUGACCAAAAGGAAUAUGUGUGUAGAUGUAGAUAUUCAGAACUUCCGAGAAAUUAUUAAACCUAUCACUGGAAC